GCGGCGGGCGGGGCUCGACUCGGGCUCCGCGGGCGGGCGGGCGGACAUGGCGGCCAACAUGUACCGGGUCGGAGAUUAUGUCUACUUUGAGAAUUCCUCCAGCAAUCCAUACCUCAUCAGAAGGAUAGAAGAACUCAACAAGACUGCAACUGGCAACGUGGAAGCAAAAGUAGUGUGCUUUUAUAGACGACGAGAUAUUUCCAACACGCUUAUAAUGCUUGCAGACAAGCAUGCUAAAGAAGUUGAGGAAGAAUCUGAAACAACGAUUGAGGCUGACUUGACCGAUAAACAGAAACAUCAGUUGAAACAUAGGGAACUCUUUUUGUCACGCCAAUAUGAAUCUCUGCCUGCAACACAUAUCAGGGGGAAAUGCAGUGUUGCCCUUCUGAAUGAGACAGAGUCAGUAUUGUCGUAUCUUGAUAAAGAGGAUACCUUUUUCUACUCAUUGGUGUAUGAUCCCUCAGUGAAAACACUAUUAGCUGACAAAGGUGAAAUCAGAGUGGGACCUAGAUAUCAAGCAGACAUUCCAGAAAUGCUCUUAGAAGGAGAAUCAGAUGAGAGAGAACAGUCCAAAUUGGAAGUGAAAGUCUGGGACCCAAAUAGCCCACUUACAGAUCGACAGAUUGACCAGUUUUUAGUUGUAGCACGUGCUGUUGGGACAUUCGCUCGAGCCCUUGACUGCAGCAGUUCUGUAAGGCAGCCUAGCUUGCAUAUGAGUGCAGCUGCAGCUUCUCGAGACAUCACCCUGUUUCAUGCUAUGGAUACGUUGUAUAGGCACAGCUAUGAUUUAAGCAGUGCAAUUAGUGUCUUAGUACCACUUGGGGGACCUGUUUUAUGCAGAGAUGAAAUGGAAGAAUGGUCAGCCUCUGAAGCUAGUUUAUUUGAAGAGGCACUGGAAAAAUAUGGCAAAGACUUCAAUGACAUACGUCAAGAUUUUCUCCCUUGGAAAUCAUUGACUAGCAUCAUUGAAUAUUAUUACAUGUGGAAAACUACUGACAGAUACGUGCAGCAGAAACGUCUAAAAGCAGCAGAAGCUGAGAGUAAACUGAAACAAGUGUAUAUCCCAACUUACAGCAAACCAAAUCCCAACCAAAUAUCCACCAGCAAUGGCAAACCUGGCGCUGUGAAUGGAGCCGUGGGAACCACGUUCCAGCCGCAGAAUCCUCCUGGGCGAGCCUGUGAGAGCUGCUAUGCUACACAGUCUCAUCAGUGGUAUUCUUGGGGCCCACCCAAUAUGCAGUGUAGAUUAUGUGCAACCUGUUGGCUCUAUUGGAAGAAGUAUGGAGGCCUGAAAAUGCCCACCCAAUCAGAAGAGGAGAAGUUAUCUCCCAGCCCAACUACAGAGGAUCCUCGAGUUAGAAGUCACAUGUCUCGCCAGGCCAUGCAGGGGAUGCCAGUCCGAAACACUGGGAGUCCAAAGUCUGCAGUGAAGACCCGCCAAGCUUUCUUCCUUCACACUACAUAUUUCACAAAAUUUGCUCGUCAGGUCUGCAAAAAUACCCUUCGGCUGCGGCAGGCAGCAAGACGGCCGUUUGUUCCUAUUAAUUAUGCUGCCAUUAGGGCAGAAUAUGCAGACAGACAUGCGGAACUUUCUGGAAGUCCACUGAAAAGCAAAAGCACUAGGAAACCUUUGGCAUGUAUCAUUGGGUAUUUAGAGAUCCAUCCUUCGAAGAAACCUAAUGUAAUUCGAUCUACGCCAAGCAUGCAAACCCCAGCUACCAAGCGGAUGCUAACCACCCCGAAUCACACGUCUCUGAGCAUUUUGGGGAAAAGAAACUACAGUCAUCACAAUGGCCUGGAUGAACUCACAUGCUGCGUGUCAGACUGAGCUCUCUCUGUUUAAUCCUAUAAUCCAAGACUUGCUACACUGUCCUGCUGAUGUUCACAGCCGUGCCUGGGAAGGAGGCAGCCCCGUUCCCAGUGCUUUUCAGUGGGAGACCUCCGCGUGCGCCCCACGGAGACUCGAUGGGGCGGGGGAAGAAACUGUAGGAGUGCACGUCCCCAAAGCUGCGUCUCCACGUGUGAAUCAGUGUAACCUCGCUUUCCUCUCAGAGACCUCGCUGUCCCAGGGUGGGACCUGCCUGGGGAACCGAGGGGGUGGGGGAGCCACUCCGCAUCGCCCCCUCUCCAACGCUCUGCACCCCAGGCACCACGGCUGCUGUGGGCUCAGAGCCACUGCUGCCCUGCAUGUGUCAGCUCCGCUCUGUUGUCAGCUGUAUGAGUGUGUACACGAGGGACAUGGCAUCUUUCUGAAUGGAUUUUUCUUAAGCAAUGUGGCAGUGUUUAUGCAGUUCAUGCUAUUAUCCCCCACCCCCCGCCUCGUGCUGUCACUGUUACUCAGUUUUUUCUCAGUAGGCUCCAUACUUAUUUUUUUUAACGUGUAAAUUUUGUCCUUCACCCCCUGCAUCCUGUAUUUGACCCCCCACCUCCACCCCUCCAAGGGACAGAAUUACCCAUGGUUCUGGCAAAAGAUAAGAAAGUUGUCUUUGGGAAACCUGUAAACUCUUCAUAGCAUCUGUAUUUUGUCAUUGGAGAGAGGCUGGCAUUCUGCCUAGCUCUGCUUGGUCCCCUAGAGCUCCAGCAAGAGCAGGGCGUGUGUGUCACUGUGACCAGCAUCGUGUACCUGUUCCUUCACAGCCCCGCCAGCCGACAAGGAGCUGCAGCCAGGUUGGUCCUUCUGCGAGUCUCAUUCACACAGGUUGAUUUUAAGCAGAUGGAGUCUGUUUGGCCUAGAAGGGUGAGGUGAGAGCAUUGUGUUUGCAGGUGAGUUUGUGUACGACACCAUGAGCCCUGCCACCCCUCCAGCCCACAUUUCUGUGAGCACAUGUGCCUCAGGGAACCUGCCUGUGACACGGUUUCCACUGGCCUGGGCUCUUCCUGUCCGCCCUCAACCCUUGCUGGCAUCACAGGCAGGCUGCUCUGCCACUCUGUGGACACAGCUGCAGGGACAGGAAUAACUUAUCCCCCCACCGGCUGCCCAAGCAGAUGUGACUGGCCACUCCCCUGCCUCUGUUGGCAGGGCCAGGCUGCAGGGCACAGGGUCACGGCAGUGUGAAAGACAGAGUCUGGCCUCCCAGCCAUCCCUGGAGCCUGUAGCCAGGAGGCAGCUGGGUGGCUGAGAGUAGGUGCCCCAAAUGGCCAGGUGGUUGUGGGGCAGAGUGGCUGCAAUUGAGUCGAACCCCCUCAACCCAGCAGAAUGAGGUAUCCCUAGAAUGACGAUGGCACCCUUCUUGUCUACAUCCUUGGAGACUCUGCAGAGAGCAUGUGAUGUGUGACGGCUGAAGGUGACGCUUGGGGCUUGAGCUGCCUUUUCCCUUUCCAGUUUGGCAUCAUCAUAGCUUCUCUUCCCAGGAGGGAUUGGUUCUCAUCUUAGGCUCUUACGGGGUGACCCCAGGGACCUUCUCACCACUGCCAACUCUUGGAGCUCUUUCGGGUCUUGGCUUGGGGCCCCAUGGGAGGGCCUGUGUCAGAGGUCCUGAGACAGGCAGGGUGGCAGGCAUUGCCCUCAGGGUCCUGCAGAGAAGCUCCUGAAAAGACCCAAGGAGAGAAGGGAACUGGCUCUCAUAUCACACUCCACGUGCCACAUUCUUCUCUAAAGAAAAAGACCCAGCAAAGCCGUCUCCCUGCGCCCUGCCCUGGAUUUGCUGUGCACAUGGGCCCAGAAGGUGGAUUGGUGCCCUCGCCCUCUCUUCCCUCUCCUGACCCUCAUGGUUAUGGAAACAGCCACCUGCAACUCCGAUGCCAGGAGACUUGGUGACCAGGGCCAGGCUGGCAUGAAGGGAGAACGGGGAGACGCAGCCCAGUUCCUGUGCACAUCCAGCAGUGGGACAGGUGCAGCUUGUUUUGAGCCACGUGCACCCAGACAGCAUUUGCUUCACUGGGUAGUAAAAGCUCCCGGGUCUGCAGGCCCAUCCUCCUCCGGAGAGGAUGCUGACAAAGAUCUUAUGCUCUCGCUUCACCUCUGCAAAGUCCCCAGCAUCGAGGCUCCAGGGAAGGAUGCCAAAGAGCUUCUUAUGUUGGCCUUUACCGUCUAAGCAGUUGGUGCCGAGAGGGCUUGCCAGUCACCCCCUUUCUUGGGGCCACUGUGUCACCAUUGUGGGUGUCAGUGGUGUGUCACCACUGGGAGCAGGGAGCUUGUGGGGUGACACCCAGAGCCUGCAUGCACAGCUCCCAAAUCAGUGUCCAACCAGGAAAACAGAUCCCGUCUGUGUAUUUAAAACAGAGGGGUUUUAGUCUAGGGAAUCAUUUCACACAGAAAAAAGAAGAGCUGAAAUGCCAAACAGGGGAGCAAGGGGCAGUCUGGAGGUGGGGAACUGCAGCUGGUGGGACACAGGGGAGAGGCUGUGUUACCAGAUCCUGGGGGUCAGGGCCACUGGGCAGGGCCUGGGACCACAAAGGGCCUCUGUGGUGGGAGCUGGAGCCAUAAGGGGGCAAGGGCCUUGCCAGAAACAUCUCCCAACGCUGGGGCAGAGAGGGGGCAGAACUAGCCAGGCUUCUCCCUUCCUCGUGCCCGCCAGAUUCCUGCAGGUGCCUCUGGUUAGCUAAACCCAGCUGGAAGCCAGCCCACUUAGGAGCCUGAGACAGGCAGCCUGCAGCGAUCAGCCCCCCCCUAUUCAGAGAAGAGCAGAGGAGGGCGAGGGGUGGGUCAGAAAGCAAGCAGCUGAGGAAAUGGGCGGCCUUCAUCCUCUGUGUCAUGUCCAGUCCUGGCAUUUUGGCCCCAUGCUGGCCUAAGCCCCUGGUGAGGGUAGAUGGAGGAGUUGCGCUCUUGGGUUUUUGAGGAUUCCCUUUGGCUCUGCCUAGAGGAAAGUGCUUUGGGGAGGUGAUGGUGAGUGGGUGGGGGUGGGGGGGUUAUUCUGAACAGUUGUCCCAGUCUUCCUUUGGGGGAUUUUACCCAUUUAGCAGCCCCACCUUAGCGUUCCCCUCAGGAAAGCUGUGUCCCCAUUUUCUGACCCCCCCUCCCCAUACCUCUUCCUCCAGUCUCUGGUUUUCCCUGCCAGAGAGCACCAGCCUAGACCAUGCAUCCGUGCUCAUGAGUGUUUCCCCAGGAUAACUCAUUCAGAGCGUGAUAUUACAGUGUGGACCGUCUGUAAGUAGAUGCCCUCUACUAAUCCAUUUGUAUCGUGUUCCCAAUAAAUUUCUGCAAAUUC